AUGUCUGCCCUUACAUCAGCCAUCCAGGCCCCCCAGGGGCCAGUCAAUCCUCCUCCCCCAGAGGUCACCAACCCUAGCAAGCCUGGGAGGAAGACGAACCAACUGCAGUAUAUGCAGAACGUGGUGGUGAAGACCCUGUGGAAGCACCAGUUUGCCUGGCCCUUCUACCAACCAGUGGACGCCAUUAAGUUAAACUUACCGGAUUACCACAAAAUCAUCAAGAACCCAAUGGACAUGGGCACCAUCAAGAAGCGCCUGGAGCACAACUACUACUGGAGCGCCAGUGAAUGCAUGCAGGAUUUCAACACCAUGUUUACCAAUUGUUACAUUUACAACAAGCCAACGGACGAUAUUGUCCUCAUGGCACAAGCCUUGGAAAAGAUCUUCCUGCAGAAAGUGGCCCAGAUGCCUCAGGAGGAAGUGGAACUGCUGCCUCCCGUGCCUAAAGGCAAAGCUCGGAAGAUGGCGGCUGGGACCCCCAACCCAGGGGCCCAGCACCCAGCAGCCACAGCCGUCUCCUCUGCGUCCCCCCCAGCGCCCUUCCAGAGCGUCCCUCCGUCGGUAUCUCAGACGCCUGUAAUUGCUGUCACGCCUGUGCCAACCAUCACCGCGAACGUCACCCCCAUCACUGCCCCCCCUGCGACGCCUGUGCCGCCUCCCCCGCCUCCUGCCGCCCCAAUCAUGGCGGUCGUUCCCCCCACUCCACCCAUCGUCAAGAAAAAGGGGGUGAAGCGGAAAGCGGAUACCACCACGCCCACCACGUCAGCCAUCACAGCCAGCCGGAGCGAGUCCCCCCCACAGCUGUUGGACUCAAAGCAGGCCAAAGUGGUGGCCCGGCGGGAGAGCGGUGGCCGGCCCAUCAAACCACCCAAGAAGGACCUGGAAGACGGGGAGGUGCCCCAGCACGCGGGCAAGAAGGGCAAGCUCUCCGAGCACCUCAAGUACUGCGACAGCAUCCUGAGGGAGAUGCUGUCCAAGAAGCACGCGGCCUACGCCUGGCCCUUCUACAAGCCGGUGGACGCCGAGGCCCUGGAGCUGCACGACUACCACGACAUCAUCAAGCACCCCAUGGACCUCAGCACUGUCAAGAAAAAAAUGGACGGUCGGGAAUAUCAGGACGCCCAAGGUUUUGCAGCGGACAUUCGGUUAAUGUUCUCCAAUUGUUACAAGUACAAUCCGCCUGACCAUGAGGUGGUGGCCAUGGCAAGGAAGCUGCAGGACGUCUUUGAGAUGCGAUUUGCCAAGAUGCCGGACGAGCCUGCUGACCCCCCACCGCCCCCUCUGCCCACUGCCCCCGUGGUCAGCAAAAGCACGGAGAGCAGCCACAGCAGUGAGGGGAGCUCCUCGGACUCGGACAGCUCGGACUCGGAAGAGGAGCGGGCCACGCGGCUGGCAGAGCUGCAAGAGCAGCUCAAGGCCGUCCAUGAGCAGCUGGCUGCCCUCUCGCAAGCACCGGUGAACAAGCCAAAGAAGAAGAAGGAGAAGAAAGAAAAAGAGAAGAAAAAGAAGGAGAAGGAGAAGGAGAAAGAGAAGCACAAGGCAAAAGUCGAGGAGGAGAAGAAAGCCAAGACGGCCCCACCAGCGAAAGCCCCCCAGCAGAAGAAAGCCCCUGCCAAGAAGGCCAACAGCACACUUCCCGUGAACAGGCAGCCGAAGAAGGCCGGGAAGCAAGCCUCAGCGACCUACGACUCGGAGGAGGAGGAAGAGGGCCUCCCUAUGACUUACGACGAGAAGCGCCAGCUCAGCCUGGACAUCAACCGCCUGCCGGGGGAGAAGCUGGGCCGGGUGGUGCACAUCAUCCAGUCGCGAGAGCCCUCCCUCAGGGACUCCAAUCCCGACGAGAUCGAGAUCGAUUUUGAAACCUUGAAGCCCACCACCCUGCGGGAACUCGAGAGAUAUGUCAAGUCUUGCUUGCAGAAAAAACAGCGGAAGCCAUUUUCCGCGAGUGGGAAGAAGCAGGCGGCCAAGUCCAAGGAGGAGAUGGCUCAGGAAAAGAAGAAAGAGCUGGAGAAGCGCCUGCAGGACGUGAGCGGGCAGCUGAGCAACAACAAGAAGCCAGCCAAGAAAGAAAAAUCCGGCUCCUCGGCGCCGUCCGGUGGCCCGUCUCACCUCAGCAGCAGCAGCAGCUCCGAGUCGGGGAGCAGCAGCUCCAGCGGCUCCAGUUCCGACAGCAGCGACUCAGAAUGACCAGGGGGGACCU